ACUGGGGUUUCACAUUCCUAAUGGGCGUGUGCAGACACCUCGCACAUGCUCAUACAUUCUAAGGCAGGGCAGGUUCUUCUAUUACACAGGGACUCAACACCAAGCACUGCAUAGCAGCACCACCAAUGAAACUACUCCCUCUCCUAGUGUUUGUGUCCAGUCUGCUGGACUAUGGCUACACUUCUCCGAACUGCAACAUGACGUGCCAUAAAGAUGCGGCGUGUGAAGUUAAGGGUGGAGUACAAGGUUGCUAUUGCUUCCCAGGAUUCACAGGAAAUGGCAUACUUUCCUGUCACGAUGAUAACGAAUGUGAAAAUGCUACACAACCUUGUGGAGAGAACGCCAACUGUACCAAUACUGUGGGGAGUUAUUACUGCAUGUGUGCAACUGGUUUCAGAUCGAGCAGUGGUCAAGAGAAGUUUGUAACUAAUGAUGGAACCUUUUGUGUGGAUAUAGAUGAGUGCAGUGAAGCAGUAACCAUUGCCUGUGGAGAUCAUGCGAAAUGUGAAAAUGUGGAUGGAGGAUAUAACUGCUCCUGUAAGGAAGGUUAUCAACCAUCCACAGGAAAAUUACAGUUUAAGCCAAAUGAUGGCACUUCCUGCCAAGAAAAUCUAAAGGCAAAGUGCAAGUUACAUAGUGACUGUAUAACUGAAAAUAUUACUCAAACCUUAGCUGAAAUUAGGACUAUAAAAGAACCCUUGGCUUUCCUGCAAGAAUUCAAUAGGAACACUGUGGGACAACUUUCACCUGUAGAUAUGAUUUCAUAUGUGGAAGCAUUAUCUGUAUCUUACCCAUCACUAAGUACUAUGAAUAACACAAUUUCUGACAAGGAAGCACUUACUAAUGUGACUAUUAAUGUUUUUGUUAACACCGUGAACAAUUUUGUUCAAAAGGAUAAAAUUACAGUUUGGGAAGCACUCCCUACAGAUAACAGGAGAACAAGUCUCACUAAGCUGAUGCAUGCUGCGGAACAGGCAAUGCUGCUCAUGUCACAGAACUUCAAAAAGACAACACAGCUAGAUAUUAAUGCAAGUGAAAUGGCUCUCAAGGUUUUUGCUUUUGAUUCGCACCACAUGAAACACAUUCACCCUCAUGCACACAUGGGAGGAGAUUAUAUAAAGAUAUCUCCAAAGAAAAAGGAAUCACCUAAUUCUAAUGGCACUGUUGCAGUUGUGUUUCUGAGGUAUAGCAAUAUUGGUUCUUUGCUUUCAUCAUCUAAAAACUCCUCAUCGAAAGAUAGUUCAGAGCAGAGAGAGACAGUAAGCUCAUCAGUUAUUGCUGUUGCAAUUAAUUCAAAUCCACCUACACUCUAUGAGCUUGAGAAAAUAACAUUUACUUUAAAGUACAUCAAGACUGCAGAUAAGGAUAUUAAAUGUGCAUUUUGGAACUACUCAGCAGACACAAUGAAUGGCAACUGGUCUACCGAAGGCUGUGAGCUGACACAUUCCAACACUACUCAUACCUCAUGCAAAUGUAAUCAUCUGACUCAUUUUGCUGUUUUGAUGUCUUCAGGCGGCUCUGUUGGUGUUACAAAUUAUAACAUUCUUACAAGAAUCACUCAGCUAGGAAUAAUUAUUUCGUUGAUUUGCCUCUCCAUGUGCAUUUUUACCUUCUGGUUCUUCAGUGAAAUUCAAAGCACUAGAACAACAAUUCACAAAAAUCUCUGCUGCAGUCUUUUCCUGGCAGAACUUAUCUUUCUUGUUGGAAUUAAUAUGAACAAUAAUAAGCUCUUCUGUUCAAUCACUGCUGGAUUACUCCAUUAUUUCCUUUUAGCUGCCUUUGCAUGGAUGUGCAUCGAAGGCAUACACCUGUACCUUAUAGUUGUGGGAGUCAUCUACAACAAGGGAUUCUUACACAAGAACUUCUAUAUCUUUGGUUACGUGAGUCCAGCAGUGGUGGUAGGAAUUUCAGCAGCGCUAGGAUAUAAAUAUUACGGCACUAGCGAAGUAUGUUGGCUCAGCACAAAGAAUAACUUUAUAUGGAGUUUUAUAGGACCAGCAUGUCUAAUAAUUCUUGUUAAUUUGCUGGCUUUUGGGGUGAUUAUUUACAAAGUAUUUCGACACACUGCAAUGUUAAAGCCAGAAGUUAGCUGUUAUGAAAAUAUAAGGUCUUGUGCUCGGGGUGCUCUUGCUCUCCUGUUCCUUCUUGGGGCUACCUGGAUCUUUGGGGUGCUCCAUGUGGUCCAGGGAUCAGUGGCCACUGCGUAUCUUUUUACAAUUUUCAAUGCGUUUCAGGGGAUGUUCAUCUUCAUAUUUCUUUGUGUUUUAUCUAGAAAAAUCCAGGAAGAAUAUUAUAGGUUGUUCAAAAAUGUUCCUUGCUGUUUCAGCUGCUUAAGGUAAAUGGAAGAAAAAUAUGUAUGAGCAGUACAAUGGAAUAAGGGAGGAACCCAGACAUUAUUAUUGUUAUUUCAGAAAAUGUAGCAUUGUGAAAAUAUGAAAUGACCUAGUGAACAGUUCUCUCUCUUAACUCAAUAACUGUCUCUCCAGUAUAGGCAUUGUACUUAAAUGUGCACUCAUGCACAGUAUUUAUACUACACUGUGUACAAUUGGUAUACAUACACAAGAGAAGCUGAAUUAUUGUAAAACAAAUAUCAUAAACAAGAAGAGAAAAGGAGUAGAAUUCCUAAAGAUGCUAGAGACUUUUCAGAGUUUAGGAUUUAUUUCUAAUAUUAGAAAUAUCUGCAGUUCAUGAGAGAGAAAGAGGGAGAGAAAAAACCAACUGGCACAGCAGAUUUUAUUAAUCACUUUGCUAGUGGAAACAUGCCUGUUGCCUUUUUUGUGGUAAUGAGAUUCUUCGCAUAAAGUUGUAUAUUGCCAUCUACAGGGAACGGGUUCCAUUAAAGUGUUCAUAGAUACAGGUCUGCUUCAGCCCAAGCUUUUGUUCAAUUUAAAGUAGAUUUUUAAAAUGUUUUGUGGUUUCAUAUAAUUCUGUUCUCCCUCCCAAAUAUAUAGUUGUAUCUUAAUCUUUUUUUAACUUGUAAGGAAUUCCUCUGAGGUCUGGUCUAAUAAAAUAACUUGGACUAGACAUUUUGUAAGUCCAAUUUCUUUUGUGAAUAUCUUCACAAGAAUUUGGUGCUGAUUUUAUUUAACUAUUGAAAGAUUAAUAUCUACUACGUCCAGCAUUGUGACUUGAGAAGGUUUUGAAAAAGAAAUGUUUUUAUGAGUUUGUCAUCUGGUACACAUUUUGAGGAUCCUGACCUUAUUUGCCAAAUUAAAAUGCAGGAGCAUAAGUUACAUGGGCAAAUCAAUGCAAGUGUAAAUGCAAGGGUAUGUGCGUUAGUUUCAGUGUAAAAUAUAUUGUAAAUAUAGCAGAUUCCUUUGCUUCCUUUAUUACAUGCAAUAGUCUUCCAUCCAGGCCCCAGAUACUGCAAACACUUACACAUGUGUUUAACUUUAAGCAUGUGAUAAUUCUGUUGAUGUCAACGGGCCUACUCAUGUACAUUUUGCACGAUUGCAGCGUAAACAUGUUGCUUCAGCAUUUCCAAUGUUGUCCUCUUAUAAGGUCUGCUGUCAUGUCAUCCUUUUAAGUGCCUGAUCCUGUGAGGUGCAGAGACCCUUCAGUUCCCACUGCCUUCUCAGGAAGUGCCCCGCACCUUAAAGAAUCAGGCCCAGUCCCAUUACUGGUAGAGGGCUGUGUAAAUAUGUAGCUGUUUAUAAAAUUCUACUACUGUCUUUUUUCUGUGGAAAUAAAGAACACCUCUCAAUAAUUUUAUUUAUAACCAAGAAGGCUUUUUAGCAAUGGUCAAAUUUGCUUGGUUUUUAUCUAUUUUCCUUACAUACAAGUCUUUACUUACAGUACAUUUUUCACUGAACAUAUUGUAUGUUUCUGUCAAAAUCGUCUUUGGAAAAUUCAAGUGGCAAUCUUCUUUUCAUUUUUUUUUUUUCAGAGAGAAGUAAUUACUGUCGGUCACCUGUAUGUAAAAUAUGUUAAUAAACUGAACUGUUUUGUUUGAUUCUUUCAACAUGUUUCCUUUAGUUCGUUUAAAGAAAUAAAGAAACAAGUUUUAUAGCUAACAUAUUUCUUGGCCUGAAUGUUUUGCUGCAUCUGUUUUGCUAGCUGUAUAUUCUCCUAAAGCUGUGGGGAUAUACAGAUGCAUAUCACUUACAUAUGUGUUUUCACAGGAAUACCUAUUAACGCAUCAUCUGUUAUCUCAUAUAGAAAUGUGUAACCUGUGCUAAGGUUGUCUGGGCAAAGAAACACCUCUACUAAAUGCAUAAUGACUUCAGUAUGCUCAGGGAGAUUGAAAAAGUACCUUUGAAAGAAAAUAUCCCACAAAGUGUUUACAUUACAAUGGACUUUAUAAUUAAAGAACAUAUUUUAGAGCAAAACUCUGCUGUCCAAUCCAUGGGUCACAUCUUUACUCUGAUACUUUACUUUCCUCACAGAUCCAUGCUUGAAAGAGAAGAUCUAUCAUGUGGUUCUUAGAGUUCUUAAAUCUUAGGAGCUUAAUAUAUUUGUCCUCACUAAAUAUUGAGGCUAAAUAUCAUUGUACUGGGCACAUCAAUCACCUCAUCAACACAUGCCCCAUCCCAUACAGGUUUCUCAUUUCCAGUACUAUUUCCAGAAUAAGCCUUUCCCUCACCUUUAGCCAUCUACCACUGUGAACAUUUGAAAUUGGCCCUCAGCCACACAUUGAGGCAGCCAGUUUCUCACUUCCUGACCAGCUUUGGUGGCCAGUCUGUUCUUCAGCUGCUCUGUGGUCUAUACCAGCCUCUGUGGCGAGUACAUACUGUUGCUUCUUGGGCUGAGAGUGGGAGAAAGGACUCAGCAACAGGUGGUAGAUGGCUGUCAUUGAAUGAGCCAACAGGGUAGGGAAGAGAGGAGAUGGUUCCUGGCUUGGUGGAACUGUGAGCAGACAGGAGUCCUGAACCUGAUUCAGUUCUCAUGGGAUACUGGCAUAGCACUUUCUAGUUGCUCCUCAAAUCUCUUGGAAAUUAGCUAUUCCCUAGGUUAAGCUACCUGAGUACUGACCAUUUUCCUCUGGCUUAAUUUGUUUAAUUAUGUUUAGAUUCAUGUGUUUCACUUGAGUAGUUUCAGCAUGCAGUGUAAUUAGUGUUGAGUAUUCAGGUAACCAAUGAGUUUGUCACUGACAGACUGACUUGAUUUUUAUUGAGCUAUUUGGAAGACUUUUCCAUACUGGAUAAAGAUCUUGUAUUUCUCAUGGAGAUCCCAAUCCUGCAACCUUAAGGACAUGCAUAAGUCUUUGUAGAACUGGACCUUUAGCAAAUGAAGAAUACUGUAUACUACAGUAGGUAUAAAACCACACAGUCAAACGAUGUUGCUUUAUUCUUUGAUGUGUACUAAAUGGCAAAAUAAAAUCAUGAUAAAAAACCACAUUUUUAAUCAAUA